AUGAGAGAGGAGUGGUCUCCUCACUUCACCUCCGGCUCCCCCUACGAGUCCACCUACUCCUCCCCCCUCCACGUCUGGCUCCGGCGCACUUCGUCUUGCUCCCCUGAGGGAGUACGAUGGAGCGGCGGCUGGGUGCCAGGGAUUUCUACUCCAGCUCGAGUUGUACCUGGCUACCGUGAGGCCAACUCCCUCGGGGGAGGAGAGUCUGAUGCUCAGGCUGAGGUGGUGACUCGCAGGGUGCUAAAGUGGAGGCCUCAGUCCUUGUUCAUAGCUGUCCUCGCCAUUACCGGAGCUCUGCUGAUGGGCAGCCUGAGACUGCUGCUCUGGAAGUGGAGGCCUCAGUCCUUGUUCAUAGCUGUCCUCGCCAUCACCGGAGCUCUGCUGAUGGGCAGCCUGAGACUGCUGCUCUGGAAGCUGUACAUAUAUGAUGAUGGGAAAGGUGACCUCGGACAAGCAGAGGAGGCAGAGGAGAAGCCCAACAUACCCUCAGAGAAGGACCCCGAGGAGGAGGAAGCUCUAGAGGAGAACCCCUUUACCAUGUUUAGUCUGACAACGUCUAACUGUCUACCCAUAGGGCUACUUAAUAUUAGAUCCCUCACUUCAAAGGCAGUUAUAGUCAAUGAACUAAUCACUGAUCAUAAUCUUGAUGUGAUUGGCCUGACUGAAACAUGGCUUAAGCCUGAUGAAUUUACUGUGUUAAAUGAGGCCUCACCUCCUGGCUACACUAGUGACCAUAUCCCCCACGCAUCCCGCAAAGGCGGAGGUGUUGCUAACAUUUACGAUAACAAAUUUCAAUUUACAAAAAAAAAUAUGUUUUCGUCUUUUGAGCUUCUAGUCAUGAAAUCUAUGCAGCCUACUCAAUCACUUUUUAUAGCUACUGUUUACAGGCCUCCUGGGCCAUAUACAGCGUUCCUCACUGAGUUCCCUGAAUUCCUAUCGGACCUUGUAGUCAUAGCAGAUAAUAUUCACAUUUUUGGUGACUUUAAUAUUCACAUGGAAAAGUCCACAGACCCACUCCAAAAGGCUUUCGGAGCCAUCAUCGACUCAGUGGGUUUUGUCCAACAUGUCUCCGGACCUACUCACUGCCACAGUCAUACUCUGGAACUAGUUUUGUCCCAUGGAAUAAAUGUUGUGGAUCUUAAUGUUUUUCCUCAUAAUCCUGGACUAUCGGACCACCAUUUUAUUACGUUUGCAAUCGCAACAAAUAAUCUGCUCAGACCCCAACCAAGGAGCAUCAAAAGUCAUGCUAUAAAUUCUCAGACAACCGAAAGAUUCCUUGAUGCCCUUCCAGACUCCCUCUGCCUAACCAAGGAUGUCAGAGUACAAAAAUCAGUUAACCACCUAACUGAGGAACUCAAUUUAACCUUGUGCAAUACCCUAAAUGCAGUUGCGCCCCUAAAAACGAAAAACAUUUAUCAUAAGAAACUAGCUCCCUGGUAUACAGAAAAUACCCGAGCUCUGAAGCAAGCUUCCAGAAAAUUGGAAUGGAAAUGGCGCCACACCAAACUGGAAGUCUUCCGACUAGCUUGGAAGACAGUACCGUGCAGUAUCGAAGAGCCCUCACUGCUGCUCGAUCAUCCUAUUUUUCCGCCUGUCCCUGUCACCGCCAUUCAUCAUCAAUGUUUGCAUCACAGCUAUAGCCCUCGCGCCUUCCAGGCCCUAGCAUAUCGGGACAGCUCAUAA